AUGGGCUUCACAGGGAAAUUCCUUGGAUGGGUUAAGGCUUGUGUUACCACACCCAUGUUCUCCGUUCUCAUUAAUGGCAGCCCCACAGGUUACUUCAAGGGAGAUAGAGGUAUCAGGCAAGGUGACCCGCUCUCUCCUUAUUUGUUCACUAUUCCCAUGGAAGCUUUUUCAGGAAUUAUACGAAGGCUGGAAGUAGAUGGUCAAAUCAAAUUGCUGCCUAGAUGUAAAGCUCUACAUCUUUCUCACCUUAUAUUUGCGGAUGACCUAAUGAUCUUUGUGAAGGCCAAUUGCGAAUCUGUUUUGGCUAGUUUGGGGGGUCUUGACGAGUUUGCAGGUCUUUCAGGGCUGCAUCUCAAUAGAUCUAAGUCCUCUAUUAUUGUAGGGGGCCUAACCCAAACUAGUAGUAUGGAACUUUCGGAAUUAAUGGGUUUCUCUGAGACCACUCUCCCUAUCAGGUACCUCGGCGUCCCUCUUGUCUCGGGCAGGCUGUCCUUGAAAGAUUGCAGUCCUAUUUUAGAUUUGGUUAGAAGGAAAUUGGAAGGAUGGAAAGCCAGGUUUUUAUCUUAUGCUGGGCGUCUCCAACUUAUCUCUUCUGUGCUCCAAGGAUGCUACAUUUACUGGGCUGGUAUUUUUGGGCUGCCAGGUAACCUUAUCUCACAGCUUGAGUCCAUGUUUUUUAAUUUCCUUUGGUCAAGCCCCUCGCUUGAAAGGAAAAUGCACUUCAUCUCUUGCGAUGCGGUCUGCAAGCCUAAAACUGAAGGAGGUCUUGGGCUUAAGCGUGUUAAGGAGAUGAAUGUGGCUGCCCAUCAUGCACUUGUCAAGGAAAUUGUUCGGGAUGGAGACUGGCUGCCUGGCCCUUCAACCUCUUUUGACCUUAUUGAUGUGUGGAGAGCCCUCCCCUCCAUUGAUAAGUUGCAUGGUGACAACCCGGAUUUGGUAGUAUGGACUGGCAAUCCGACAGGUAUCUUUUCAACCAAAUCGGCUUGGAAUGCCACCCGUGUGAAGGCCAACCUCGUGGAUUGGAGUGAAGCAGUUUGGUUUGAAGGCAGCAUUAAGUCCCACUCUUUUGUUUCUUGGAGGUGUCUGGUCGAUGCUCUCCCCACUAGGGAUAAUCUUCUUCACAGGGGGAUCCCGGUUCAACAUAGUUGUGAGUUUUGUUGGGCUGGUAUUGAGAGCAAAAACCAUAUUUUCUUUGCUUGCCCUUUUUCCAUUGAUAUUUGGAGGAGGAUCUUUGGUAUGUGUUCUCUUCAUGGACAGGCUCCCAUGAACAUAUUUGAUGCUGCCAUUUGGGUUCGGUAUGCGGCAGGAAGAGCGGGGAGCUUAGGUGUGGUUUUAAAGCUUGCAUUUUGUGCCACUGUCAAGCAUAUUUGGUUUGAAAGAAAUUUCAGAAUUUUUUGGCAAAAGGCUAGAUCUAAGGAUCAAAUUGUGGAAGCUAUCAAGGGGGAUGUUAGGACUAUAGUCACAUCUGGUUCUUUGAGUGGGGAUCCUACUGCUAAUUCCCACAUUGCUUCGGCCUGGAACUUGCAAGUUCAUUGGGCUAUUAGGAUGCCGAGACCAUGCUCGUGGUUCUUACCUCCUAACAAUUUGUGGUCCCUUCACUGUGAUGGUUCGCUGUCCGAUGGUAGAGCUGCUUUUGGUGGAGUGAUUCGUAAUGCGAUUGGACAACCU